AUGUCGUCGAACAUCAACUCCACAGAGGACCUCAAGAACCAGGAGGCCGCCGGCCACAACCCCAAUUUCCAGGGCGGCCAAGGUGUCUCGCGCUUCAUCACACCUGGCGGACACCCGAUGGACACCUCGCAGCCCGCGUUCCCCGUCUUCCACCGCAAGUUUGCCAACCCAGCUCCCCUCGGUCUCAUGGCUUUCGGCGGCACCACGGUCCUCCUCUCCCUGUACAACCUCUCUGCGCGUAGCGUCCACACGCCCAAUGUCCUCGUCGGCGUGGCCAUGUUCUACGGCGGCAUGUGCCAGAUCGUCUGUGGCAUCCUCGAGUGGGCGUGCGGUAACUCGUUCGGCACCUGCGCGUUCACGGGCUACGGCGCGUUCUGGAUGAGCUGGGCCGCCAUCCAAAUCCCUUGGUUCGGCAUCAAGUCCGCCUACACAGACAAGAACGAGUUGGCCCAGGCUAUCGGCCUCUACCUCAUCGUGUGGGGCCUCGUGACCUGCUGCCUCACCAUCUGUCUCCUCCGCUCGUCUAUCGCCCUCGUGUUCGUCUUCUCCGUCAUUGCUGUCGCGUUCUUCGCUCUGGGCGCCGCCGACAUGACUGGCAAGAUGGCCCUCGUCAAGGUUGGCGGUGUAUUUGGUAUGCUGGGCGGCCUCGGCGCCAUGUACGUCGCCGUUGCUGGUCUUCUCACCAACGACACGUCAUUCUUCACCAUUCCCAUCGGCAACCUCGCACCCAGUAACUAA